AUGGCACACCACUCAACUCAAGUGUCUUCGGACUUAAUCUGGGAGAUUUCCCGCGUGGCAGUGGGAGAAAAGGCACGGAAGAGAAAUUAUGUUCAUGGACUGAAAUUUGGUAUUACAGGAAACCAGAACUCGUACCUCGUCAAGCGCGCUCAGUCUGGAGGUAUCCAAUUCUCGCGGGAUCCUCUUAACCUGACCAACGUCCACUCGCGCAAGAACGCCGGUUUCGUCAACGACAAGGCCGUCGGAGUUGCCCCAGCUACGGAUGGAGGUGUUACCCUGAUCACCAAGAAGGCCAAGCACCCACAACGACCAGCAAGCCAAUCCCACACCACUACUUUGAGCGGCAAGAAGUCCACCAGAAAGACCUACAAGACCAUCGCCUCCAACACAGCCAAGUCAGGAUACCGACCCGAUCUCCGUGCUUCAGCCAUUGCCCGCGCAUCCGCCAUCCGCAAGUCACAAAAGGAACCCAAGGACCUUCCCGAGAGCAAGCUCCGUGGUGCGAAGGCGAAGAAGGCCGCUGCUGAGAAGGAAGAAUGA